AUCCCUGAGGCAGAAGGGGCUUUCUUGGAGCAAGGGCAGAGGGCACAGGCCAUGGAGCGUGCCGAAGAUGCCCUCUCCUGUGGCAGUGAAGAGAUGCUGUUGAACGUUCCUCUUUGCAGAGGUGUGGAAAUGGCUGCUUCAGCUCCAGUCCAGAGUCCCUUUUCCUUUGAGGAGGUGUCCGUCUCUUUCACGGAGGCAGAGUGGGCCCUGCUGGAUCCGGAACAAAGAGCUCUGUACAGGGAAGUCAUGCAGGAGAACUCUGGGAACGUGGCCUUUCUGAGUAAGGAUCUUUCAUAGGGGCCAAAGGUGCCAAUUGCUGCCGUUGUGAUGAGGCAUGAAUCAAAAGAUUCAAUAGCAAUACAGAAU